AUGGCGACAAAUGAUAUCCCAGAGCUAAGCGCGUGCUCCGCACCGACACCAACCGCCAAGGUCUACUCCCAGUCCAGUUUCUUCCAAGAGCGCAGAGCGCCCGCGCUACCCUCACCGGCAGAGAUCAGAGCCCUGAAUGAGGCCUCUGGCCACUACCGUGCCGCAUCCUUGAACCAUCCACCCCCCGUUAUCGUCCCAUCCCUGGGACUAGCCGUCAAGUAUGGAGCCAACGUUACUAUCGCCGAGGUUGAGGCCCAGGUAUUGAUGCGUGAGCGACUACAAGGCUGUGUCCCAGUCCCUGAGGUCUUCGGCUGGGCUGAAGAUGGCGGCCAAAAGUUCAUAUACAUGUCUCUGGUCGAGGGUGAUACUCUACAGGCAAGAUUUAGCACUAUGAAUGAAAGUGAACGGCAGGCUGUCUGCAAGGAGCUAAGAUCUAUGGUGAACGCCUGGAGGGCUUUGACCCAGGAAUCAGACAGAUAUAUUGGGAGUGUAGGAAAGCGCCCGCUAAACGACAUUUUCGUUGCUGGCCAGCCAGAGCGUGCAGGGCCGUUCCUAGGCGCAGAUGCGGCACAAAAGUUCCAUGAUACAUGUGGAAUCGACAUUAGCGACGAUAUUCCGAUUGUCUUUACCCAUAACGAUCUUUGUCCCCCCAAUAUAUUAUUAUCGUAUGGCCCUAACCCAAAGGUCGUGGGGAUUCUUGAUUGGGGCCAAUCAGGAUGGUAUCCUUCAUAUUGGGAGUAUUGUAAGGCACGGCGAGUAGGCAUCGUGGAUGAGGAAUUCAAUUCUGCCCUUCAAGGGGAAUGGCAUACCAGUUAUCUGCCUGAGGUCAUUGAUACAGUGGAUGAGGAGAGGUUUUACCACCCGUGGCUGUAUUUCAUGUUGUCUAACAUCUGA